GCCAUGGCCAUCCUCCCUCCCACCAAAAGACGACGCACUGCCACGUCUGUUCUUGCUGGCGACUUUGAUCUGCGCCCCCAGCGCGACGUCCUUACCUCACUGCUGAACGGUGUCCCGGUCUACAAGGAGGUCGAAAACAACGAGGAGCUCCGUAGGGCGCGGCGGCGCAAGGAGAAGGAGCGAGAGAGAGAGAGAGAGGAGAGGGAGAUGGAGAAGAACAGAGAGAUGGAGCGCGAUAAGGAGAAGAAACGCGUGAAGCCGGGGCCAAGGCCCGCGCCCAAACUCGUCCCCGCGCCGGCCGUCGCGUCGACCUCGUCCGCCUACGCGUCGGUGUCCGCGCCCCCUGCGCGUGCCCCGUCUGUCAUCAAGCCCCCACAGGCUUCGUCCUUCUGGCAGGCACGUCCCGCCAUCCACAUCGCGCGACAGCAACGCUCCGUGUCUGUCACACCGCCACCCAUGGUGUCCUCGCCGCCGACCACGCCAGGCCCGUCCAUCUCGUCGACCACGUCGGCCACGUCGUCCAAGCGGCCACACACACCCGCAGACGACGAGGAUUUCCACGGCCGUCAUCGAAGCGAGGAUACUGCCACACCACCGCCGCAGUCGCGGUAUCGGAAAAAGCGCGCUGCGGUGCGCAAGGGCUGGAAGGGCUGGGUGGAGGGCUCGCCACCGCCGAGCGAGAAGCUUAUAAACCUUGACGUUGCCACUGUCCUUCCAGAGCGGAAGACACGGAGUGGCAAAAGCUUUGACGCUAUCGGUGUAGGCUCCGAGGGAUGGAAGGAGAUGCCGUAGAGGUCGUGUCGGGUGUGCCUCUGGCUGAGCGAAUGGGACCCGCUCCAUUGUCCGUCGUGACUUGUGCUAUACCGUUGUUCCAUACGAGGGCGCUUUCAGGUGGUGAAUCCUUUCUCUCUGCUCCUGCUUUCAUUCUUAUAUUGUACUCUCUUGGUCCUGCGUUGGUCACCGUCCUUUUCAUCCCGUAGGUCUCUUCAUUCUCGUAGGUUUAUUCUGGGUACUGUUUAGGUUACAUCCACACCCCAUCUUGUACACAUAUAGUUAUGAGCACAAUUGAUUGAUAGGUAGAGGCUAUUGUCAUCGCAA